ACCCCUAUACAGGUAAAUAAGAGAAGAUCUCUUCUGCUGUCGCGGUGCCUCAAGAGUACAUAACUGCCGGUUGGGAAAACGGUCUCCAUCUUGCCAGCUCCAGGUGUUCUCUAGGAGACUGUCCCCGCCAUUUCAGUCUUCGCUGCAUACAAAUUUAUCAGCACAAUGAGAGCCAUCAGCAGCGUGAGCUUGACUCUGGCGGCAACGCUCUUCUGUCAUGCGGUCACAGCUCGCCUGACGACUGGGGAGAACGGAACCCAUUUUACGCUGGCAAAUGACCGGCUCUCCGUUGUUUUGGCCAAGUCAAACGGCCAUAUCGUCGAUGUCGCUCUCGACGGCCAGGAUCUCCUCGGGCCCUUGAACGGCAACAGGGGCAAGGGGCCCUAUCUCGACUGCUCAUGUAUCCCCUCGGGGUUCUGGACGCCUGGAGGAACGGCCGAGUUGCAGCUCGUCAACGGCACCGACUCGUCUGGCGUCCCCUAUGCCGGUCUCAUCAUGUCGGACAGGUUCGCACAAACGAACCAGACGCUCUCGCAGUAUUUCUUUCUCCACGGCGAGGAAACGGGACUGCACGCCUUCUCCCGCCUCACCUACUUCAACGCCACCCUGCCUCUACUCCGCAGCCUGGGCGAGCUGCGGACUCUGUUCAGGCCCAACACGCCGCUCUGGACUCACUUCUCGACGAGCGAUGGCAACUUCGGCCCCCUGCCCCUCGCCGACACCUUCACCCAGGCUCUGACCGUGCAGGACGCCACCUCGUACGUCGGCGGCAGCACCAACGACCCUUACACACAGCAGUACUCGGAUUACUUCACGAAAUACUCCCUGUCCGAGCCCUGGCGCAACCACGACGUGCAUGGUCAGUUCAGCGACGGCUCAACCAGCGCCGACGGCAGCACCUUUGGCGCCUGGCUUGUACACAACACACGGGAGACGUAUUAUGGCGGCCCGCUCCACUCGGAUCUGGUUGUCGACGGUAUCGUCUACAACUACAUGGUCUCUGGCCACCAUGGUGCGCCGAUGCCCAACAUCACCCACGGGUUCGAUCGCACGUUUGGGCCGCAGUUCUAUUACUUCAACAAGGGGGCUCCCGGAGCGUCCGUUGGCGAGCUGAGAGCCGAUGCUGCGCGGCACGCCGACCCAGAGUGGAACGCAGACUUCUACGACAGCAUCUCCCAUCACGUCCCAAACUACGUCCCAUCGACGCGCCGCACCUCGUUCGAGGGCAAGGUCGAGCUUCCAAGAGGCGCCAAGCGGCCGAUCAUCGUCUUGUCCGAGAACAAGCAAGACUUCCAGCUCAACGUCUUCAACACCGCAUCUCUUCAGUACUGGGCGGAGAUCAGCGGGUGUGGCAAGUUCAAGAUCCCCCGUGUCGUGGAGGGCAAGUACAGAGUCACCGUCUACGCUGACGGGGUGUUUGGGUGGUUCAUCCAAGACGACGUCGAGAUAUCUCAGACCGCAAGCAGCCAGGCCCCGUGGACCUUCAAGUGGGACGAGGAAAGCGCAGGGCAGGAGGUCUGGCGCAUCGGCAUCCCCGACAAGUCCGCCGGCGAGUAUCGACACGGGUACGCGCCCGACGUCUCGAAGCCUUUGCAGCCGGAACAGUACCGCAUCUACUGGGGCAAGUAUGAUUUCCAGCAGGAUUUCCCGGACGGCGUGCGGUUCGACGUGGGCAAGAGCCAAGAGGCGCAAGACCUUAACUACAUCCACUGGUCGUUCAUCCCCGCCAAGGGAAACCAUCUGCGGCAGGAGAAUUACUACACGAACGUGAACAACUGGACCAUCGUCUUCGACCUCGACAAGGACCAGCUAGGCCAAAGCAAGACGGCCACAUUCACCGUCCAGAUUGCCGGAACCAAGACCGCCAACGGAAACUCCAAGUGGACUGUCACGGAUCAUCCGUACAGCAACCUCCCCUGGACUGUCAACUUCAACGGGCUCUACGAGUCCACCUGGAGAAUCCCGUACUGGCGAAGCGGAUCUUGCGGCGUAAGGAGUGCCGUCGCAUGCCAGAACAUUGAGAACAAAUUCACCUUCUCAUCUUCUAUGCUUAAGGAAGGCCAGAACGAGCUCACCUUAAGCCUGCCGUUCAACGCCAGCAGCGUGGAGACGGCGCUGUUGCCGGAUGCUCUCUACGUGCAGUAUGACGCCCUGAGGCUUGAACUGGCGUAAG